AUGGACUUGCUUGAUAUUUCUUCUCUAUAAAGCUAAGAUCCUAUAAUGAAUUUACUCAAGUCUGACUUUUAAAUUUAUGGGUCUUAGAUUUCGAAUCUAUAAACUUACAAAAACUAAGUCCCAAUUAUUUUUUCAGAAGAAAAUUUAUACUUUAUAAACACCACUUUCUACAAUUUAACAACAAAUAAGGUGUAAAUUGUUGAUGGACUAAUAGCAAAUUUAAUUGAGGGUUCGAUAACUAUUAACAACUCAAGAUUGGAAAAAGUUGCUUCUUCAGGCAAUGGAGGAGGAUUAUUCAUGUCAAAUGAUAUCUCGUCUAAAGACUAUGUAGAGUUAACUAUUGAAAAUUCAACUAUAGAAAAUAUGAGAGCUUAGGAUUUAGGAGGCUUCAUCUACUCUGAAAAUGGAUAAGGAGGUGCACUUUACACUGUUUGUGAUUCCAAUACCAAAAUAGGAGGCUUCAUGAAAUAUGACUUCUUCUUGCCAUUAGAUAACAAUAAUGUUUAUCAAUUUAAUGAUGCUGCUUAUGGGAAAGAUUUCGCUGCAUACCCAAUUAAAAUGCAACUUAAGAUAAAAUAUCAAGGUGUGGAUAUGGUUAUCGACCCCACUAAAAUUUCUCAACUGUUUCAAGAUUACUUUAGAACUCCUAGUGGAUUGAAGUUAGAAAAUCCAUUUUCCCUUGUCCUUUAUGAUGUUUAUGAUCAGCAAAUCAUGACUGAUGAUUCAAGUCUAGCUACAGUAAGUAUCGCAGCUAAAUAGAAUGCAUCAGUCACCAAAAACACGAAAGUAAAAGCAUCUCGAGGAAUUUAUUACUUUGACGAUUUCAUUUUAAAAGCAGAGCCGAACACAACUAUUUACCUAACUUUUACUUCAAAUGCAAUCAAUCAAAAUAUUAUUAAAUACGCAAUCCCAAGUCAUAAAUAAACAGAGUAACUAGUUAGAGGAGGAAAUGAGAGUGUUUGCCUAGAAGGAUAUACCGGAAAUCUAUGCCAUCAGUGUGAGUAUUCAAUCUCAAAUGAUAUCAAAUAUCAGAGGAAAGGAUUACACAGAUGCACUCCUUGCCCAGAUCAUGUUUAGAAUUCUUUUAUCAUUCUUGGAAUGGUAAUCUUGGCAGUUCUCAUCAUAUUUGUAUUGAUAAGAACAGCUUUGAUAAAUGCCGCUUCUGACAAGAAUCACGAACCAGCUCUAAUGAGAAUUAUCAUAGACUAUUUCCACCUUAUAAUGAUUUUGAAGUUUUACGAUUUGAACUGGCCAAAUUCUCUGGAGGCAAUCCUUGACAUAGUUUCAAUUGUAGGUGAGAUAAAUGAGAGAAUAUUUUCAAUUGAUUGCUACAUUAGAGGAACUUUGAUCAAGUUGAUUAUAUCUCUCUUUGUUCCAUUUUUCUUUCUGGCAUUAAUGUAUUUUUUCUGGAGAUUCUGCUGUUGUUGUCUCAAAGAGAAGUAAAAAAAGAAAGAGCGCAAUAAACUUAAAAAAUAUUCAAUUUUCUAAGGCAUCAAAGAAGAAGCAGUGAAAUAGGAAAAAACAUUUGAAGAUACUACUGAGAGUCUAAAGAGAAAAACUAUUGUGUCAGCUUCAAUAUUAUUUUACUUGACUUACCCACUAAUCUGCAUGAAGGGUUUUGGAAUGCUUGGAUGUGUCACUCUAGACAAUUAAAAAGAAUAUUUGAUUGAGGAUAUAGAUGUUGUCUGUUGGAGUGAGUAACAUAAGCUUUGGGUAAUUUGUCUAGCAUUGCCUUGCAUCUUAGUUUGGCUUAAAUUCAAUUAAUAUAGGUUCUUUUUACUUACUGCACUUAAAGCUAUUCUGAUAAUUUACAAUAAACUUAUGGUAUUUAAUGAUCUGAUUUAUAAGACACUAUUUGCUGGGUUGACCUUGAUUAUCUUUAAAUAACUUAUUAUUAAACUGAAGCCCUAUGAGAAUGAUUAAUUUAAUGAUCUCUAACAGUCGUGCUUUAACAUAUGUGACUAGAAGAGAUGGGAUCAUUUGAAGACAUCAUAUGUAGAUUUAUAUGAAGGCCAAUUUGACUACACAAAAAUUGUAAAUGCAGUUGUUAUGAUUGCUCACAUUAUUUUCUUCUUACUCUGCAUUAGAGAACUGCUUAUAAUGCAUAAAAACUAUUUACUUCAUAAAUCGCCUAAAUCUUUUGUGAAAUGGAUUGAUAAACUGACUGAAAGACCUUUUAAUGUUAGUUUGAGGUGGCUUUGUGCUAUUCCUGAAGAAUCUGACGACUCUGAAAUGACUCUAAGAGAUUAGUAAUUGCUUAAGAUUCUCUAACAGCACGAUUUUUAAUAGAGUAAAGAGGAUUUAAACUUAUCUUAGAAUUUGACUCUCAAUCAAACUCAGUAGAGAUUAAUUAACAGUGAAACAACAAAUAUUACUAUGAAUUAAAAUUAGUAAGAUUAAGAAAAUUAAAAACGCGAAAAAGACAUUAUUUCCAGAGAAUAUGAUAAAAAAUAAGACAUAUCAAUGGAUUCAUAUCAUCCUCUUGCAUUCACUCUCAGCGAUUUUCAGCCCGUUUUCAACUAAAAGCAGCUCAAUCAGCAUUAUGCCAAUAAUCUUUAAAUGGAUUCCAGCUUCAAUGAACUCUAUAUCGAAGAAAAUAAAUUUGAAUAAGGAAAUACCAGCAAGGACUUAUCAUUUGGUUAAUAUUUGAGAAAUCUACAUCAAACAGAUAAAGGGGCUCUUAAGGCAAUACUUCCGGAAUUCGAAGAUACAAGACAUAACUUUAUUAACAGAGCUUUUAAUGAGGGAAUAGAAUAAAAUCAGUAAUUACAAUAGAAAAAACUUAAGAAUAUCUACAAAGAAUAGAGGAGCCCUGUAAAAAGAAAAAAUGCUCAAUUCUUGAAGGAUUUUGAAGACGAUAGCUUUGAGAUUGAUGAGAAUUACAGUGAUGAAGGCGAUAAAAAUUAAAACUAGCAUAAUGAUGAUAGCUAAAUUAGAAAGGGAUAAGUGAUUAUUGAUCAAUACCAAGGGUCAAGCAUACAGAAGAUUUAGAUAAAAUAGCUAGGGUAAAAGAGAAUGAUUGAGAAGAUUUAGACUUUGUAAAUGAGAAGAAAACCAGUUAACAUUACUCAGAUUAUUGACUUCUCAAAUAGAUAUAAAGAUCACAUUAAUAAAAGGAAAAGUUAAACUGAAGGCAAUAAUUAUAAUUUUACUGUUCAAAGUGAAUCUUCAGAAGAUCUAUCAAAUAGAAGUGAGGAUUAUGAUAUUUAUCAAGGCCCAUAAUCACAUAACUCGCCUAGUAGUUUUGCGAAUGAACCAUCUUUAGCCUUCGGAUUAAAAUAAUAAGAGACUAUGGUUGCUACUAAACAUAAAAUUACUGAUUUGGAGUAAAAUGCUGUUAUUGAUGAGGAAGAAGAGAAGUAAUCAGAUGACUAAAAUCAGAUUUAAUCAACAUGGAAAAACAUUAACUUAGGUCCGAGUAAUCAGAAGUCUGAAAAGAUUAAUUAAAACGGAUUGUAUUCAAAAGAUUAAUCAAGAAAAGUUUCGUUUAAGGAAGACUCAUCUGAUGAUUUUGGCAUUCAUUAGAGCAUUAAAAGGAAAAAGAAGAACUAGAAAAAAAUCUGA